AUGCUGUGGAAAGUUGGAGCUGUUCUUGUGUGCGCAUGUUUUUUUGCACAUGCUGCUGUGAAAUGGGAGUAUAACAGCAUGGAAAUGAGAAAGAACGUGUCUAUCCUGUGCACAGCCGACGAAUUCUCAAAGAUAACACUGAAGGUGGACAACGAGUGUCCAGAGUCUGUUAAAUAG